AAAAACAAUAAAUAAAAAGAAUUGUACGUUUUAGUUGUUGUGCUGUUGUUUGGUUAUGUUUCGACCAUAAUCAUCAUCAUCAUUAUCAUCAUCAUCAACGUCGCCAUCGACGAAUAUCUAAUGGCCCAUAAUAACCAUAAUGAUGAUAAUCAUCAUCAUCAACCUCAUCGUCAAAUCAAUAUUGAUAGCGGUAAAAUAAUUUCCUCAAAUAAUAAAGAAUUACGACAAAAAUCAUUAACAAAACUGAUUAAAUCGCAACAACAACAACCAAAAAUACAAUUGAUAAAAAAAUCUGCACCAAUUUUUCGUUCACCAAAUACUGAUAGUAGUUUACUUAGUAUUGGUAUUGGUACAAUACAGAAACAAUCAUCAUCAACAUCAACAUCAUCAUCAAUACAUUUACCACCAAGAUGUGAUUUUGUUGCACGAUUAACACCGGAAGGUUAUCAUGGUGAUCAAUUAUUAACAUCAACAUCAGUUUAUGAUUGUAUUGUUUAUGUAAUUUAUUGUCCAAAACAUGAUCGUAUUGCUGUGACAAAUGUUAAAAAAAUGGGUUGUAUUUGGUUACCAUUUGUAUCAUUAAUUGAUAAUAUUAAUGAUAAUCAAACAACAUGGCAACAAGCAUCACAUAAUGGUGUUGCAAUAUUAAUCGGUAGACAAGAUCCAGAAUUGGAUGCAAAAGAAGCUGAACGUUUAGCACCAAAAUAUACAAUGCAAUAUUUACAGAUUCUUCGUAUUCAGGUACCAAUCAAAUCAUCAUCAUCAUCACCGACAACAUCACCAAAAUUAAUGAUGACAACCAAAACAAUAACAAGAAUAACACAAUUUGUUCAUUUACAAUCAUAUGAUCAUUGUUGUGAAGAUACAAUGCGUGUUAAUUGGUUUAAAUCAACUGAAAUAUUAAGUAGAAAAAUUGAUAAAAUAUGGGGUCCAGAAAUUUAUACAAUGUUACAUACACUUGAUACAUCAUCAUCAUUAUUGUCGGCAAAAAUUAUUGAAGAAAUACCAUUAUCAUAUGCAUUAGAUUUAUUAAAACAAUCGGAUACUGAUGAAUAUGAUGCAUUAAAAUAUUUUAAUUUAGCUAAUAAUCAUGAUAUUAUAAUAAAAAUAUAUGGAAAUUUUAUACAACAUUGUUUUCCAUCAACAAUGAUGUCAUUGGAAUCAUUUCGUUCAUAUUUUAUUAAAAAUUGUGAUUCAUCAUUGGAUAAAAAUCGUUUAUUACCAUUAUUUCGGUCAUUUAUAUCGUCAAAAAAAUCCGAAACUAAACAAACAAAUAAACAUUUUAAUGAUGAUUUUAUUGAUUUUCAUGAAUUUCUUAUCGGUUUGAUUGUUAUUGAUCCACAAACAUCGGAUACAUUGAUGGCAAGAAUACGUUUUAUAUUUCGAUAUUAUGAUUAUGGUAGAAAAAAUCAUCUUGAUUAUAUGGAUUUAAUGAAAAUGUUUAAAGAUAUACAUCCAGACUAUAAUAAUUCAAUGAUCAAUGAAUUGUUGGAUCAAUUUCGACGAACAUUACCACCGCCAUCAACAUCAACGAACAACAACAAUAUGAUAACAUUUGAAAAUUUUGCCGAAUCAAUACAAAAAAAUCAAUCAACAACAUUAAAAACAAAAUUACAACUAAAUAAUCUUUGUCGUAUGAAAGAAAGUUUAUUGAUGCGUUUAAUGAAAACUAAAAAUAAAAAUAAUAAUAAGAAAAAUUUAACGGAAAAUAAUAAUAAAUUGGAAAGAUCGAAAUCUAUUUCAACCAAACAACAACAACAACAACAACAACAGAACCAUUGUGUAACAUUGAAUAAGAAUGGUCGUUGUAUUGAACCGAAAAUUAUUUGGAAACAAUAUUUAGAAAAAUCAACAGAUUUAAUCGACUAUGAAAUAAAAGAACGACAAUGUUAUCAAUAUUCAAUGGAUUUUAUCUUUUCAAAUACAUCGAUUGCAAAUAUUUUUAUUGAAUUAAUACAGGAUUUUUAUAGAAAAAUUCAUGAUAAUCAAAUCAAUGUUUAAAAAUCAUUCGGUAUAAUGACAUCAACGGAUGAAAGAUCAAUAUUUGCAAAAUUUUUGAAUGUUUUAUGUUCAAAAUUGGCUAUUAUGUUAAGCCAUGAAGAAAAAUUGAUCAAAAUAAAUGGACCGGCAUUUGUAUUUGGUAAUAUUGAUGGUAAUCUAGAUCGAUUAAUACAAUUGAAUAGGCUUUAUUUUCAAAGUUUUCCAAUCAUAGCUGAAAAUUUAAUAUUUUUAGGUAAUUAUUCAAGUAAAAAAUUCAAUUUUGGUAUCGAAUGUUUAGUAUAUUUAUUUGCAAUGAAAUUAAUUCAACCGAAUAAAGUACAUUUAUUACGUGGCCAGAAUGAAACAUAUACAUCAUCCAAAACAAAACAAAUAUUAAUCGAUGAUACAACAACAACAACAAACGAAUCAUUAUAUAAUGAAUGUUAUGAAAAAUAUGGUAAACAAUAUGGAAAGAUUAUUGCUGAAACAUUGUCGAAAAUAUUUUCAUUAUUACCAAUAAUCAUUAUUGUUGAUGAAUGUAUUGCGUGUGUACAUUCCGGUAUACCAUUAUCAUUAUCAUCAUCAUCAUCAUCAUCAUCAUCGACAACGAAUAAGAAUCUGGAACAACAAUUUUAUUCAAUGAAACAACAACAACAACAACAAAACGACAAAAUUAUUGAUAAAAAACGUGAUGAUGAUGAUCAUCAUCAUAUGAAUCAGAUAACUAAACAGAUCAUUACACGUUUUCCACAUGAUGAUAAUGAUUCUACAUUGAAAACAAAUAAAUUGGUUUCAAGGCCAAAAUCAACAACAACAACAACAACAACAACAACAACAAAAAUGGCUACUGAAUCAUCAUUG